AUGCGCGAACAACACCGUUUACCAGAUGAAGGGGUUAUGCGACAAAUCGACGAGCACUUCUACUUGUUUCAUCAUUGCUCUCUACACUCCUCAGUCAAUACUGAGGAGUUGAAGCGACUGCUUGAAUAUGAUAUUCGAAUCAAAAAAGGACCAUUUACCACAUCAGAAGAUGCACGUAUAUACAAGAACUGGGCUCGAGCUUGCGAUAUGUUUGAAACCUUGGAUUAUGACUCACCUUUUUUCUAUUUGGGGAAAGGAGCGGUGACGGAACAUAAAGGACGUGAACAUCUCGAGAAAACGAGAAACAUUCCCUUUUGGCCGGCUAUGUGUCAUGGUUUAAUAAAUCGAAGUGCGAAACAAGUGUACUCAAGAAUGGAAUACCUUUUUGAUCCGGAAGGCUGGAAUACAAUUAAAGGGAAAUACGAUCUGAAACACUUUACAGCCGAAGAUGAUCAAAGGUUACUUGAACUUUACAAGACUCAUGAAGGAAACUGGAGACUUAUAGCUGCCGAAAUGAAACGUCCACAAAAAGUGCUGUGUAGAAGAUGCCAGUCGCUAUUACAGCGAGAACAAACAAAAAACGACGCGUUGCCUCAAGAUAAAUGGAAGGGACUUUGGGUUCGAAUUCUUAACAAUGAAAAAUGGGAAGCAACAAGCACACAGUUUUUCGAAGAUGUUUUUAUAAACAGGACAAUAAAACCCCAGGAUUGGGACGAAAUUGUUAGGAGAACGAGGCACGCGGAAAAGGUGCUUCGAAAAACAUGGAAGAAAAUGUGUAAAAUGGUUUCCGCUGAGGUUGAACAGGGAAUGCUUUUAGAUGAUGCGUUUGAUAAGAUUAUUGAAACAAGUGCGCCACGUCUCACGGUGGUGCAGCUGGCUCAAUUUAUGCGCAUUGUGCAGAAAAUGCUACCCAAUGAUACACCAGUUUUGCCGAGACGAAAUACGGGAAUAGAUUUUUCGGAGUUGGCGCAAAAAUGCCUCGAUGCUGACGUAACGGGAUUUAAAUGUCAUGUUUUCUCCGACGAGCUUUCAUUUUUGUGGCGUAAGCUAACCAUCGCAUUCAUGCGAUUCCAGCAUUACAUUGGAGGACGACUCAAAAUGCAUUUAAUGGCACAUGACGUGUUGCGAAUAAUGGCCAAUGCUUGUGAACGAGCAAAAUCUCGUAAUUUGAUUCGUAAUGUGCUCGUUGAGGAGACGAUACGUUUUAUCAUCAAGAAGAAAAAUCCAAAUUGGAUUCCACCAUACAAGUUUAAGAAAUAUGUAGAAGACGACAGAUUAUUACCGCUCUUCCAGGAAAAGAAUAACUCCGAACUAUAUGGAAAGAAGUACCACGCGGCACUUAUCAGAAUGUUUAACGAGUCGGAUGUUAGUGAUGUUGAGGAAGAUUGGCAGUACGGCAGGAGCAAAAGU